CCCACCCACCCCUUCUAAACGACCAUCCAUUCCUAAGGACUCACCUCUAGGGUUCAUGCUAAUUGCCUGGACGCACUAUCCAGGAACAAGAAAUAAAGAUAAAGCAAAGAUGAUUUAUUAUUGUAUAGAAAUUUGGAGCGGACAACAAAUUGGCCCGGCAGUAUGGUGGCCUAAGUAUGGUUCUAAUGAAGAUUGGGUACAACAGCAAUUAAAUUUUUGGGUAAACUCCAAAACCCCUUUCAAUCAAGAAGAAAGUGACUAUGCAGCAGUAUGGGUCACUCGCCCAGAGGGUUUAGGAGUCCCCAUUUUUAAUUUGACACGAAAAGAAAAAGAUGUCGAAAAACGUAAACCUCGAAGGGAAGAGGAGGCCUUAGUGGGACCCCCACCAUAUGCUGUACCACCAGCAAUUCCCCUACCUUCUCCUCCUCAGUUGGAUCAUGGGCAGAUGGAUUCGAGAGAGGGAGAAGUACAAAAGAUAGAAGGGGGAGGGCCUGUGACACGGGCAAAGGCACGACAAAAUAACCUCUACCCUUUAAGAGAAAUGCCCAUGGGAGGUCCACAACCUCAGAUGGGGUUUAUAUCAGUGCCCUUAAAUUCAGGGGAUGUUAGAGAUUUUAAGAAGGAAAUGGGUAAUAUACUAGAAGAUCCCCUGGGGGUGGCAGACAGAGUAGAUCAGUUCUUAGGGCCAAAUGUUUAUACCUGGGAGGAACUACAAUCUAUUCUAAGUAUACUGUUCACAGCAGAAGAGAGAGGUAUGAUUAGGCGUGCAGGGAUGCGCAUUUGGGAUGCUCAACAUGCCCACGGGCCCGCUGCGGAUAUUAAAUGGCCCUUACAGAAUCCGCAAUGGGACCAUCAAAAUCAACAUCAUAGGACUCACAUGCAGGACCUGCGAACUAUCAUUAUCCAGGGCAUUAGGGAGGCAGUCCCAAGAGGUCAGAAUAUAAAUAAAGCUUUUAAUGAAAGACAAAAGAAGGAGGAAACACCCACUGAAUGGCUAGAAAGGUUACGCAAGAAUUUACAACUAUAUUCAGGAUUGGAUCCCGAUACACCGAUAGGCCAGGCUCUGCUCAAAACACAGUUCGUAGCUAAGGCUUGGGAAGAUAUCCGCAAGAAACUAGAAAAGAUAGAAAAUUGGCAGGAUCGGGGGCUUGAUGAACUUUUGAGGGAAGCUCAGAAGGUAUAUGUAAGAAGGGAGGAAGAAAGACAUAAUAGGCAGGUUAGGAUGAUGGUAGCAGCGGUCAGAGAAAGUAGGGAAUUGGAAAGGAAAAUGGGGGGAUGGACGCAAAAUCGAAUUCCAGGACAGCAAAAAUUUAGGAAGCCUGAAAACAGGGAGGAGGAGAGAACUAACAGAAAACAGCAAUUAAGGUGGACUGUACUCCCCCAAGGCUUCACAGAAUCCCCUAAUUUGUUUGGGCAAGCCCUAGAACAGAUCCUGCAAGAGUAUCAGCUAGAUCCUGAUACCAAAUUAAUACAGUAUGUAGAUGAUCUAUUAAUUGCUGGAGAGGAUGAGGGAAAGGUUCGGAAAGAAAGUAUUAAAUUGCUGAACUUUUUGGGACUGAAAGGACUUAAAGUAUCAAAAAGGAAAUUGCAAUUUGUGGAAGAGGAGGUUAGAUAUCUAGGGCAUUACCUGAGUAAAGGAGAAAAGAAGAUAGAUCCUGAAAGGAUACAAAGGAAUAUUGUCCCUGAAGUCGCCAAAACAAUAGAGACAAAUAAGACAAUUGCUGGGAUAGUGGGAUAUUGUAGACAAUGGGAUUGA